AUGUCGUCGUUCGCCUUGACGCCUAUUGUCCAGCAGGCGGUCGAGCAUCGCCUGGAAGAGCUCAAACGCAUCAAGAAGUCUUUCGAGCGACGAUACCUCUCUGAAGUGACCGAGUCUGAUCAAUCAAGUGUCAUCGUACGUCUCGAAAGGCUGCUGGACGAGUUGAAGAAUCUGGAGCCAAAGCUCGACGAAGAGGACGGCGAAUGGUUGACGGAGACCAUCCAACGAUGCAUCGAACAAGCCCAGGAUGACAAUGCGAUCUCCGAAAAGAAGUUGUUGAGGCUGGAGAAGAGCCACCGCGAUAAACUGAGCAGGUUUCGCAACCGCAUGGAGGUGUCAUGCCUACACGCACAGCUCAUCAAGGAAGCUACGAACGCGGCUAAAAUCGAAACGGCGGCUACCAAGCUUGAGGCUGUAGCACUGGACGACGAGGACUUCGAAGUAGUCGACAACGAAAGCGAAGAGGUCCUCGAGAAGUUUCAGGAAGCUUGUUCCCAGCCGACGAAUGUGGACAGCGAAUCGAUCGAGAUCUAUCUCUCGAGCUUGUUCACGUCCGAAGACGAACACCUACAAUCGAUCCGAGACGGGAUGCAAGCAUACGGAGAUGAUCUAGUCGUCGGGGAUAACGAGAUAGAUGAGGAACGCUUGACGUGGAUAAUGAAGGAUUUGAUGAAGUCGGAACAAAUCAGCCAUGAGCGGAAAGCCACCCUCGCAAGCUACCUACAGUCACCCGAUGCGCUGCGGGAGCUUGUUGCGACCUUGAACAUGAUGAGUUAUCGCGACUGGAACUACAGGAACGCAGAAGCAGGCUUGCCAGUCGACUUACGAAAAAAGAAGAGCGGCCAGCACUACGUUCACGUCGAGGUAGGCAUUAUCGACAUGUUGUUCCUGCAUUGCUGUGCAAUUGGGUGGGCCAUAAACUUGAAAGAAUGCCUCAAGAGUUUCGUUCAUGGGUCCGAUCUGUUCCGCUGCGCUCCACUGACAGACUCGGAUCUCGACAGACGUGCGUUCUUCUUCGACACACCUCGUCCUGCAACCAUGAGUAUUGCAUGCGGCACUUAUGUGUCGCCUCCACCGCCGCCCCUACCAUACGAUUUUCGUUUGAUUCCCGCUCCCGCUCCUCCUCUACCUCUGCUCAGAUCGAAAAAGUACGGUCGGAGCAAGAAGAAGAACCAGAGCAUGUAUGCUGGAAGCCCUGUUCCACCGCCACCACCGCCAAACGCGCCCCAAGACCUGAACAGCCUACGGGAAGACGAUUAUAAGAGACGCUUCUUCAUGUCGCGUCUCCCCGAGAGGGACGGCGAAGUACCCGAGAUUGUCCCGUCUGAAGAGGUGCAGGCAAGACUGAUCAAGACGCUCGCCGUGGAAUACAAGCUUCGAAAGGCUUUCGACGGCAAAGCGUACGCUACGACUUUGGAGUUCGACUCAUUCGCGUCCACAGUUCCCCAUUCAGCUAUCGUCACGGUUUUGAAGUUCCUCGGUGUUCCGGGAGUCUUCGUCUCAUUAUUCUCUCGCGCUCUUGAGCCAAUGCUGAGCGUCAAAGCUUCAGCGAACGAGUCCAAUACGCUCCUAAUACCAAAGAGCGGAGUCUCAGUUGACUACGGACUGGAAGUGUUCUUCAGCGAAGCUGUACUGUUCUUCCUCGAUCUUGCUGCGCGCAAAGCGACAGAAUCGUACAUGUACCGUCUGAAUGACCACUGCCACUUUGUCGGUACCGAACUUCAGAACAAGGGCUUCGAGAAAGAAGCUGCCCGUUUCUCCGAUACUAUGGGGUUGAAGCUGCGCGAUACUUUGUCCACUGGCGGACUAUCCAUCGGAGUCUUAACCAUGGGUUCGUCGGAGUCAUUGUCCCUCGAUACAACCGAAGAACUACGCGUUGAUAAUGUCAAAGUCGCCCUGUACGCAACCCACGUAGGAGCUAGACUCAAAGCAUGCUCAACUGUCCUCGAAUGGGUUCGUGAAUGGAACGACACUGUCGGUACCUACGCGGCAAAGCUCUUCGGGCCCAUUGCCAAUGUGUUCGAUGCAACACAUCGCGACGACGUCAAGGCUGCGUACAAACGUAUCUACUCUAUCGUACUGGGUGGUAGUGAUCUGACCACAUACGUGACGAGAAUGCUGAGUCCGCAUCUCACACAUGGCUUGAAGAGUAUCUCUCUCGACCUCGAGCCCAUAAUCUAUCUACCGCAAUCCCAUGGCGGCCUCGGUGUAAAGACUCCGUUCGUCACCCUAUCGUUCGCCUCUAGGAUCCGCGAAUCAGCAUCCGAAAAGAUCGAGCAAUAUCUCAACGAAGAAGCAACCCACUACGCUUCUGUGGCAGACCGCUACAAUCAUUCAGCAGGGCAUCGCCAGCAAAGAAUCCAAACGAUCUUCAACAACGAUAUAUCCAGGAUGCUCUCAGCACUCGGUUCGGAAGUCAACUCCGGCCUUGAUCUCGCAACCGUACCCUUUAUGGCCAUAGCAGAUAUGACACAACAUCGCGAACGCGCAAUAUACCCCGCCGCUCCUUACGGGUUCUGGAACCAGGAGAUGACUACCGCGCCACCCGAUCUUGUCAGCCUCUAUCGUGAUCUACUGGAUGAACCAACCGAUCGUAUUGAAGAAAGGCAAAAGACCAAGCGACAUGUGCAAAGUCUCUUCCAAACAAAGCAUCGGAGGUCAUGGUUCAAAACGAGUCAGGAGGAGAAAUGGAUGCUGCAGCUCUACAGCGAUGAGUGCUUCGAAUGGUACGGCGGCCUCGAAAUCUGGUGGUCCGAGGAGUCCCUGGUUGCUUCCUACCCGUACGAGGGCACGGCAGCUGUAUAG